CUGUCGAUGUGCCACAGCAUUGACUUGUGGUGGCUAACAGUUUCGCUAACUGAUAGCUGGCUGUUGGAACUCCUCCGGCGCUCAGCGGAGUUCCGCCUCUGUGUCACCGACAGACAAACGCUUUAGUUCCCGCUUCCACUGUCUAUUCAUCCGGGAUGUCUCUCCUGGAGAAAUCCCCGACCCCCGGCAGGGUGUUGCUGGACGACACGUUGCCGCUGACGGCGUUGAUCGAAGCCAGCCAGAACCUUCAGUCCCACACGGAGUACAUCAUCAGAGUCCAGAGGGGCGUGUCUUCAGAUAACAGCUGGCAGGUUAUUCGCCGCUACAGCGACUUCGACAUCCUGAACAGCAGCCUGAUGGUGUGUGGAAUCAGUCUGCCGCUCCCUCCAAAGAAGCUGAUCGGAAACAUGGACAGAGAGUUCAUAGCAGAGCGGCAGAGGGGACUUCAGGCCUACCUGGACUCCAUUACCCAGCAUCCCUUGAUCUGCACUUCCCUGUUUGUCAAGAAGUUCCUCGACCCCAACAACUACUCUGCCAACUACACAGAAAUUGCUCUGCAGCAGGUCUCCAUGUUCUUCAGGUCAGACCCAAAGUGGGAGGUCCUGGAGCCCCUCAAAGACAUGGGAUGGAGAAUAAGGAAGAAAUAUUUCCUGAUCAAAAAUAAGGAGCAGCCCAAAGAGCGCUUCCUGCUGAGCUGGGUGGAUCUGGGUCCUGAUAAGUUCCUCUCAGACAAAGACCUGCAGUCGGCCCUGAAGCUGCUCUCCAACCCGUCUACGGCGUAUCUGAGUCCGCUGCUGUUCUCCAGCACCAGCGAGUCUUCGGCUCUGCUCAUCCGGCCCUUCAGUGAAAGAGGCUCCCUCAGGGACCAGAUCUGCAAGGUGAAACCCAGGGAGAGUCACCUGAAGAAGUACUGCAACCCCAAGAAGAGCCAGGGCCUGGAGCUGGAGCAGAUCAAGCUGUUUGGCCGUCAGAUCCUGGAGAGCCUGAAGCUGCUCCACGACAGCGGCCUGUUCUUCGGCCAUCUGAACGCCUCUAACGUCAUGGUGGACGACGGCAUUUGUCGGCUGGUGGAUGUGGAGAACGGCAUGCUGGGAGUUCCCUCUGUCCUGAGGCCGGCCUUCACGCAGCUGAGGAAGAUCAACACUACAGAAAGCAUCGACGUGUUCUGCUUCGGGCAUUUACUGUACGAGAUGACGUACGGCCGGCCGCCGGACAGCGUCCCGGUGGACCAGUUCCCGUCCGCCCCUCACGCCGCCGUCGUGUCGGUUCUGCAGUCCAUCUUGUCCACAGACGCCUGCAAGAGCGGCAUGCCGACGGUGCCGGCGCUCAUCCAGACUCCGCUCUUCGGUGACGUCAAGCUCAAACAUUCAGAAAAACUACAGAUAAAGGUUCCCAGCCGCCUGAAGGAGGCGCUGAAGUCGGCAAAGGGAAGUUUGGAGAAGCGGCUGCAUGAAGAGCAGAGGAUGCUGCAUCAGCACCGGCGGCUGACCCGAGCUCAGUCUCACUACGGCUCCGAAGAGGAGAAGAAGAGGAGGAAGAUCCUGGCGAGAAAGAAAUCCAGACAGUCGACGUGUGAGAACGAAGAGGACGUCUCUGUCCGAAACAACAACAACUCUGGUUCAGGAGCCAGUUCACCUCCCACCUGUCCUUCUUCCCCCACCCCUCCUCCUGCCACAGACGUCUCCAGGCAGGUGUCCUCCUCUGUGUGUUUUUUAGAUGAAUAUUCUCGCUAAGCAGCCAAACAUGAGGCGUCCUGCAAAAGUAUUCACACCCAGCAACAUUUUCCAAAUACUUCAGUAGCAAUGGAGUUUUAUGGCUCGGAUUAACCUGAGUGAAUCCUGCACCAUUUUCUAUUAAAUAUAAACUUUAAAUUCUAAGGAAUAUUUAACACUGGAGGACAUUUUAAAUAUCCAAAAAUAAAUAAACAAAACAACAAAUAAAAUGAAUUAUGAAGUGCCUGUAAGCAAAAUUGUCCUUCAAAAAGUUUUAGUUGACUCCAAAACACCACACUGAAGACUUUUGUCAUCCAGUUAUUGGUAAAAAGAGAAGAAUGAUAAAUCAAGCAAAUGGAAAUUGAAAUUAUUGAGCGUUUUAACUCAUCACGCGAUCGAUUGAUUUAUUGUAACACGACGAAGGUGUGAAUACUUUUUUCCAGCCGCUGGAUCCAGAGAAUAACUGAUGUUUCUAGAAAUCCUGGCUGCUUGGAAAGAACCAAGGUCUUCCUCCACUUCCUGGUGGUCAAAUCUCGAUGCUGAUUGGUCCGAUGACCCGAUAACGGCCAUCUUUUCCCUCUCUCUCCUCCAUCAUAGAGCAUGCUCCGUUCUGACCGUGUCUUUGGGUAAAGUAAAAUAAACCAAAUGUUGUUGAUGAUGGACGUCUGUCGGUUUUUAAAGCCGUCGUACGCCCUGAUCUAACGGCAGAUAUCCAAUAUGUUGGCGCCUGAAGCUGAAAAUGAUGGCUGCGCUCGAACAGCGCCCACAACAAUUCGGCGGCGAUUGCUCCCAUCAGGGCGUACGCUUUUAAAAACCUCACAAUCUCCAAUGGCAUCCAGCUUCCUUCCUCCUGUUCCCGUUGCAGAUUGUGAUCCGUCUCUGCAUGGGUGUCUGUGUGGAGUCACAGGAACUUUUUCAGACCUUUCCCAUUAGGAAACCUGUUGAACUUCAAUUUUAUUUGCUCUAUUAGCUCAGAAUUAUUUUGCAUUCGCUCUUUUUUUUUUUUUUUUUUUCUGCUGAAACUAAUAUUUAUUCAGAUGUUUUUUUAUAUGUUUUGGUUGCAGUUUUCUGCAUCUUUAAACUGUCAGAGGGAAUAAAACUGAGCAACUGUGUGAAUCAUGUCUGCAGAGCCUCUAUGUAGUUGAACCUUAAGUUGUUUUUAAGCCUUAAUAACAGAAACGUUUAUGAUUCUUUUAAUCAUCAGACAUGAGAGAAAACACUAGUUUCUGUUUCAAACCAGAUUUCUGCAUUUUAAACAUUUUCAUCUCAAAGAUGUCAUUUAGGCGGCAUUUUAAUUAGCAGUGGUGAGCACACUCAUUUUUCAUCUAGUGUUUAGAUAAAUUUGAGGUGUUUAGCGCAGUUAGCUUCCCCUAAAUUAAUUUUUCCAGUUAAACUUUAAAAUGCUAACUUACUCUACUGUUUUAACUUUCAACUGAAUAAAAUUUGACAUCUGUGUUGAAGAAUUGUUGAUUCUUCACGUAGUCAGUAGUUCAGAUUCACGCUCUUAUUUUGAAGGUGUUUAUGAAGCAGUUCUGUUUCCUCUUCUCACUUUUCUUCUCGCCCCCAAUAACUUUGUCUGAAACAAAAUAAAUUAUGGACAUUAGAGAACAAGAUAAGAACAUAAAUACAGGACCUACAGGUGGUAUAGAAGAUGUAAAUAUGUCAAAUUGUUGAGGAGGCUCAUAGUCUUUUAAGGCCAAAUAUAAUUAAAAUUGACAUUAGAGCUUUAGCAUUAGCUUCCGCUAAUAUACCGUGUUACUGUAGCGUGUUAGCCGGACUAAUGUUUAUGAUCUGCACGUUAGGGUUAGCGCAGCUAAGUUUUGCAUUAGUGGUGCCCACAGUUGAUGAUCAGAGUAUUUUUAUGUGAACUAGAAGUUAAAAAGUAAUUUUUAGAGCGAUGCUUGAAAGUCUGAACGUUCGGUGAAAGGCAGCGACAGUCAGUCGUAUCUAAAAACUCAGUUUCAUUCUUUCGACAGUGUUUCAGGAGAUGUUCUGAGGUUCCUGGCUGCACCCAUCUUUUUUUUUUUUUUUGUUGAGGCAUCCUUUUAAUGACGAUUCGUCCUGGAGAAAGUUUCUGCUGCUUUCUGAGAGAUGAACAGGAAACCCAGCAGAGCACGAGUUUCUCCAGGCCCGGCGCCGCCCCUCAAGCUGCUGGCUGAAGUUGGAGCCUCCACCUUCUUCAAAUAUAAUAGCAAUGGUGUCAAAAGUUUAUGCAACUAAAUUUUUUGUUUUUACCGCUAUCAUAUUAAAGAUAAACGUUUCCAGAGGUCAUCAUCAGUAUAAAAAUAUAGCUGAGUUGAUUGACACCAAAUUUGUUUAAUUUGUAGGUGAGCUGGGGUUUGGGACAUGACCUCUGAUGACCUCUGGAAACAUUUAUUAUUAAUACCUUUAAAAGGAUAGCGACACAAAUGAAAAAUUGGUAACACUUUAUUUGAAAGGGGUGUGCAAGACACUGACAUGCCACAGUCAUAAACAUGAAGGAGUCUUUAUGAAUGUUUGUGGCUGUUGUCAUGAAGUGUGAAUUGGUAAAUAACGACAUUUUAAUGCAAAGUUUCAUUAAAACUUGUAUUAAAACUUGUAUUAAAAGUUUAUUAAAAGCGUCAGUCGAGCCGGCAGAAGAGGGCUGUGGUUGAUUUUUAGACCUUUGCCAAAGUAUAUAAGAGAAGAUUGGCUUCACAUGAAAGCAUCGGCCGAUCAGCCGAUAAUUAUCAGCGUUUAAUUUGCAUUAAAAGUGUCAUUAUUUACCGAAUGAAGGCAUUCAUCAACAAUUAUGUUACGACUGUCCAUUUCAGUCUUUUUUCACAUCCCUUCAAAUUAAGUGCCACAGAAAUCUUUUUUCUGCAAACAUUUGACACCAAUUUUGUUACAUGUCGGUAAUGCCAGGGGACUGGUUGACCCUUUGACCUUUAAACUUUCAUUAAUAUCUUCAAAGCAAAAGCAGCACAAAUGUAGUCAAGCUGAUUGACACCAGUUUUGUUAGACCUGAAGAAGGUGAAGGGCCAGCUUCACUGAGAUGUCAAACCUGCUGGACGUUCUGCCGCUGCGCUGCUACUAGCUUCACGUUUUGCUUUUUUGAGUUCGGACGCUGGCUUUUCCCCUGCUGUGAGAACGAAAACGACUAAAACUCACAGCGAGAGCAGCAGCUCUUUAAAGCUAAAGCCCGGUUCGCUCCUGCGGCCCAAACUUCCUAGAGAAAACUUGACAGUGUCCAGACUGAAGACCGAUUCUCUGGUUCAGUCUGAGGCAACAUUGAAAUCCGGAUUUAAAUGUUGCACUGAGCUGAUGGUGGAUCGAGUUCAGUCAUGCUGAUGGUCUCUGGGAGCUGCUUUCAGAAAAAAUCUACCUGGAAAACUUCCUCAGUUGGACUUUGAGUGAUCAAGAAAAUGCUUUCAUUUUAGCAAACAUUGAGGAGAUUUCUUCCAUAUCGUCGCGUCAAGUUAGAUUUCACAACCUAAAAACAGAAGAGAGUGAUAAUAGGCCUGCCUGUCACAACAACACGUUUUGCUGUCCCAGAAAUUAUUGUGAUAUUGUUGAUUUGAGACCAUUAUCAAGUAAUAUAAUGAUAAUGCAAGAACACAUCAGCAAAGAUCAAUAAACUUUAAAUUCAAGUGAACAUUCAGCGCCGGAACUGGAAGAUGUUUUAAAUAUCCAAAAUAAAUACAUAAAAAAGGAACAACAAAAUAAAAUGAAUUAUGGAGUCUGUGUAACAAAAUUAGACUUAAAAAACAAGCUAGUUGAGACCAAAACACCAGACUGGAGACGUUAUCAUCCAGUUUUCAACAAUAAAUCAUGCAAAUGAUUUAUUGUUGAGCUCGUUUUAAUUUAUUAUGUGAUUCACUGAUUAUUGCAACAGCCCUAGUAGGUUUUCUGAAAAACAAGUAGCUGAAUGAAAAUGCAUAAGAUAUUUAGCAUCUUGUUCCCAUUUCUCUUCAUUAUUCAUCCAUAAACUAAAUGAGGUUUUCUACCUCUACAAUCCUGAGGGAUGUUUUUACCCUCAGUUCAGUGUUGAACUGAGGGUUGUUGACGUUUUAAAAGCUUUGGUUCCCCUGCGGCUUGGAAGGGAUCCAACGUCCAGACUUUAGUUUUAGACCUUCGAAUGACGACGGAGAUAAAAACGAAGCUUCAUAGUUACUUCCUGUCCUAAAUGGAUGCAUCACUGAUAUGAAGCAAAGUGACUGGUGGCUGUUUUAAUUAAUACUCCAUUAACCUCAGUAUCAGGCUAAAUUGUCUGGGCGCCACUCAGAACAAUCUGGUUGCCAAACGCUGGUCCCAAACUCGGGCACCAAAAGCUGGUACCGAACACUGGCACAAAUCACAAGCAACAAAUGUUGAUACCAGAUGUUGGAAACAAUUGCCAGAACCAAAUGCAGGCACCAAACGGCAUUAUCAAACAUGUGACCCAAACAUUGCAACAAGCAAUGGUACCAAAUGUUGGUACCAAACGCUGGCACCAAUUGUCUGUAUCAAAUGCCGGUACCAAUUUUUGGCCCUAUACAUUGGUACCAAACGCUCGCGCCAAACGUUUGUGCUGAACCCUGGUACCAAUUGCCGGUACCAAAUAUUGGCAGCGAUUGUUGGCCCUAAAUAUUGGUACCAGUCACCACCACCAAACAUUUGUACCAAACCUUUUCACCAAGCACUAGUGCUAAGCGUUGGUACCACCUGCUUGCACCAAACACUGGUACCAAGCAUAGGCACCAAAUGUCGGUAACAAACGUUGGUCCGGGUAAUGGCGGCCCGGCAGAAAAUAUCAGAAGGGGAACGUAGAGAAGAACCAGGUAAUGAGUUAGAUCUGUAGAAAAUGGUUGAAGAUCAGGAGCUAAAGUCGGGAAACGUUUCCGGUCCCAUCAGAUUCUAAAGGUCCAUCUGGUGUAACCCGAAUCCAGAACCAGACUCUUAGUGACAGCAGCUCCCAGUGAAACCAGCAGCAGCUCCCAGUGAAACCAGCAGCAGCUCCUCUCUAACGCUCCUUCCUCUCUGUCGCUCCAGGGUCGACUCCUCCUCCUCCUCCUCCAGCUCCUCCUCUGGCUCCGCCCCCACCCACAGCGCCGGACUCUUCCUCCUCUCCUCCUCCUCCU